AUGGGUUUAUUUGGCGCAUUAGCAGGAGUUGCAUCCAGAUUUUUGCCCGCAGUUGGAACAAUAGCCAGAGGUGUAUUUGGAGUUGGAAGGAAGAUUUUGAGUACAUUAGGUAUACUGAAAGAGAAAGCACAACCUAUUAUACAAACUGUACAGAAAGGUUGGGAUGUAGCACGAGAUGCAGCAAAUCUUAUUCCAAAUCCUGAAACAAGAGGAAAAGUUCAAGGAUGGAUGGACAAUGUAGGAAGACAAGCAGGAAACUAUUAUAACAAAGCAAAUGACUACUAUAACCAAGCAGGACACUAUAUGGACCAAG